UUUUUUUUUUUAUUAUUAUUCUUCUUUAAUUUUAUAUAACAUGGGGCUUCGUGACUCUUUAGAUACUUUUGUUCAUGGUGGUGUACAAAGACCUGAAUCAUAUGAAAGAAAAAAGAAUUAUCAAUUUAGAGAAGAAUUAGGAAGUGGAUCAUAUGGUUAUGUUAAAAAGGCUAUUCGUAUUCAAGAUAAUAAACAAGUAGCUAUUAAAAUCAUCCCAAAGUCAAAAGUGAAAGGUCAUUUUGAUAUGGUUUACUCCGAAAUGAAAGUCCUGGAAAGUCUUUCACAUCCUAAUAUUAUUGGAUUUUAUGACUGGUUUGAAUCUCGAGAAAAGUUCUACUUGGUAUUUGAAUUAGCUACUGGAGGUGAAUUAUUCGAAAGGUUAUUUGAAAGAGGCAAAUUUACAGAGAAAGAUGCUAUUCCAAUCAUGAGAUCAGUAUUGAAAGGAAUUGAAUACCUUCAUCAACAUAAAAUUGUACACAGAGAUAUGAAGCCUGAAAACUUAUUAUUUAAAACACCAGAGUCUACAUCAGAUUUAGUCAUUUGUGAUUUUGGUAUCGCUAAAGUCAUUAAUGAUAAUGAAAUAGGAUUGAAGACUAUUUGUGGAUCUCCUGGUUAUGUUGCUCCUGAAGUACUUUUGAAAAAGCCAUAUAGCUAUCCAGUAGAUAUUUGGGGAGUCGGAGUAAUUACAUAUACAGUCCUUUGUGGUUAUCAGCCUUUUCAAGGUGACGAUAACAUUGAAAUGAUGGAUGAUAUUAUUCAUGGUCGAUAUGAAUUUCAUGAAAGAUAUUGGAGAAAUGUAUCCCCUACUGCUCGUGCAUUUAUUAGAAAAUGUCUUUCAUUAGACCCAAAUGACAGACCAACUGCAACUGAAGCUUUAAAUGAUAUAUGGAUGACGGGUGAUGAAGCUAAGGACAUCGAUAUCUUAAAUACUGUACGUGAAAACUUUAAUGCGCGUCGAACUUUUAAGAGCGCAGUUAGAGCUAUUAGUGCAGUAAAUCAUAUCAGAAAUAAUUCCUUAUUAAAGAUGGAUAAAGAACAAAAAGAAUCGGCUGCAACUACAUUAGCCAUCCCUACUGUAACAAACACUUUGGAUAUUAACACAAACGAUAUUUCUCGAGCAAAAACAACGCAAUAACUAUAAAUAAUAUAAUUUUGAUAUUCUAGCGAGAAAAAAAGAAAAAUAAUCCUUUUUUUUUCCCUUAAAAAGCAAUUUAGAUGAAUAUGCAUUAAUUAAAAUAAAUCAAAAUAAAUUAAAAGUUUUCAUUUUUUUUGUUAAAAAAAUACAAGCCUAAAAAUCAAUAUUCUUAGACUGUGGAAAGGAUACUAAAAAUUAGGGUAAACUUCUUAUGCUCCCCGCAUCCACGGAAAUCUUUAGUAAAAGGCGAAAGAUUUAUCCGAUAUGA